AUGAUAGCAAUAACUGAUAUUAGAUCUCUACAAAGAUUUUUACUGUUAUUUACUUUUUUGAUAUUAUUGAUCAAGAAUCAUGUUAAUUGUGGUCGAGCUGAUUGGACAAUUGAAAAGGAUGCUUCAUUUUGGAGAGAACAAGCUAGAAUAUCAAUUAAUGAAGCAUUGAAUAGACGUGAGAAUACAAAAAUAGCUAAAAAUGUGAUUAUGUUUUUGGGUGAUGGAAUGGGUGUAUCAACUGUUACGGCCGGAAGAAUUCGAAAAGGACAAGUUAAUGGACAAUUAGGAGAAGAUCUUCUUACAGAAAUGGAACAAUUUAGUCAUUUAGGUUUAUCUAAAACAUAUAAUAUUGAUCAUCAAACACCUGAUUCAGCAGCAACUGCAACUGCUUAUUUAUGUGGUGUUAAAGCACAAUUAGGUACAAUUGGUGUUGAUGGACGAGCUAAACGAACGAAUUGUACAAGUUCUCUUGGUGCAAAUGUUACAAGUAUCCUUGAUUGGGCUCAACAACUCGGUAAAAAAGUUGGUAUUGUUACAACAGCUCGUAUUACUCAUGCAACACCUGCGGCUGCUUAUUCUCAUGUACCUGAACGUAAUUGGGAAGCUUAUGAUAACACAAAUUUUGGUGCCACUCAAACUGAACAAGGUUGUACUGAUAUAGCACAUCAACUUGUUUUACGUUCUCCACCUAUUGAUCUAUUAUUUGGUGGUGGUCGUCGAUUUUUUUUCCCAAGAUCAACACCUGAUAUUGAAAAUUCAACAUUGUUCAAUUCUCGUACAGAUAAUAAAUCACUUAUUGAUGAAUAUUGGAAAGGUCAUUUUAUUUGGAAUAGAACUGAAAUGAAUAAAAUUGAAUUAGGUUCAUCAAGACCUAUAUUUGGUUUAUUUGAACGUGAUCAUUUGCAAUAUGAAACAGAUCGAUUAAGUAAAGGAAAUGAUGAACCAAGUUUAACAGAAAUGACAAGAUUUGCUAUUGAACAUUUGCUAAAAACGAAUCAAGGUUUUUUUCUUCUUAUUGAAGGUGGAAGAAUAGAUCAUGGACAUCAUGAAACACGUGCACGAUAUGCAUUAGAUGAAUAUGUUCAAUUUGAUACUGCUAUUGGAGAAGCGAAAAAAUUAUUGACAGAAAAAGGUGUUCUUGAUGAAACACUUCUUGUUGUUACAGCUGAUCAUUCACAUGUAUUUUCCUUCGGAGCUUAUGCUGCACGUGGUUCAAAUAUUUUAGGUUUUGGUUCAUUAGAACAAUUAAAUGUUAGUGAUGUUGAUCAAUUACCUAUUAAUAUAAUUACUUAUGGAAAUGGACCAAAUUUUCCUUCACCAAGAAAUGCAAGUUAUCUGUCUACACUUGAUACUAAUUCAACAUCAUAUUUAUCGCCAGCAGCCUUACCAAUGAGAGCUGAAACACAUGGUGGUGAAGAUGUGCCUGUAUAUGCUCAUGGACCAUGGAGUCAUUUAUUUAUUGGUACUAUGGAACAACAUACAAUUGCACAUAAAAUGGCCUAUGCAGCAUGUUGGGGAGAUUAUGUGAAUAGAGCUGGAUGCUCAGAAAAUCCUGCAAGUUCAAGUACUACAUCUCCAAAUACAAGUACUACAUCUUCAAAUAAUCAUGCAAAUUCGAGUAAUCAAUUUCAAUUUAUUCAAACUUUUAUUCUACUAUUUUUUUAUUUUUAUAUUUUUACCGUUACAAAAAAUUAA